CCUCCAUUUGUCAUUUCGUUUUUCAUUUUCAUUCAGAGCGGGUAAUAAAUUUGUGUCGUGGCCGAAUAAUUUUUUCCUUUGGGAGAAUUAUAAUUGUCCUCCAUACAAUUUAUAAAACAAAAUAAAUACGAAUUCCUAGGAAUAAAUAUUUUAUUGUAAAAAUGGAUAAAACAAUGAAGUACUUUCUUCUAAUUGGUUUAAUCUUCUUUUCGGGGAUCUGCCAAAUAUCCGCUGAAGGCGAUGAUUCUAUUGAGGAAAUCGAGCUGGAUAUGGGAGCCUUCAAGGAAGGUUCUCGAACAGAUGCCGAAACUUUAAAGAGAGAAGAAGAAGCUAUUAAACUGGAUGGCUUGAAUGUUGCCCAACUGAAGGAACUCCGUGAAAAGGCGGAAAAAUUCACAUUCCAAACCGAGGUCAACCGCAUGAUGAAACUCAUUAUCAAUUCUCUGUACAAGAACAAGGAGAUCUUCUUGCGUGAACUGAUUUCAAAUGCUUCCGAUGCUAUCGAUAAGAUUCGUUUGCUUGCCCUCACUGAUCGAAACGAACUCGAAACCAAUCCCGAAUUGUUAAUCAGAAUCAAGGCCGACAAGGAGAACAAAAUUCUUCACAUCAUGGACUCUGGUAUCGGUAUGACAAACCAAGAUCUGGUAAAUAAUUUGGGAACAAUUGCCAAAUCAGGUACAGCUGAUUUCCUAGCAAAAAUGCAAGAUCCAAGCAAACAAUCCGAAGGUCAAGAUCUUAAUGAUAUGAUUGGUCAAUUUGGUGUUGGUUUCUAUUCUGCUUUCUUGGUUGCUGAUCGUGUUGUUGUAACAACCAAAAAUAAUGCCGACAAGCAAUACAUCUGGGAGAGUGAUUCAAACAGCUUCACAAUCUCUGAUGAUCCUCGUGGAAAUACUCUGCAACGUGGAACAGUCAUCUCAUUGCACAUGAAAGAAGAAGCUCAAGAUUUCCUUGAACAAGAAACAAUCAAACAAUUGGUUCGUAAAUAUUCGCAAUUCAUCAAUUUCCCAAUUUACUUGUGGGAGAGCAAGAACGUCGAUGAAGAAGUACCCAUUGAGGAAGAGGAAGUCAAGGAGAAGAGCGCCGAUGACGAUGUGAUCGAUGAAGAUGAAGAUGCUAAGGUAGAAGAAGACAAUUCCGAGGACAAGAAGCCAAAAACCAAGAAAGUCACCAAGACCGUUUAUGAUUGGUCCCUCAUCAAUGAAAGUAAACCUAUUUGGACUCGCAAGCCAAGUGACGUAACCGAAAAAGAAUACACCGAAUUCUACAAGAGUCUGACCAAGGACACAUCCGAGCCUCUAGCCCAAACCCAUUUCGUAGCCGAAGGUGAGGUAACAUUCAAGAGUUUGUUGUACAUUCCAAAAGUUCAGCCAUCCGAGAGCUUUAACCGCUACGGUACCAAGUCCGACAACAUUAAGCUUUACGUUCGUCGCGUCUUCAUUACCGACGAAUUCAACGACAUGAUGCCCAACUACUUGAAUUUCAUUCGUGGUGUUGUCGAUUCUGAUGAUUUGCCAUUGAAUGUAUCUCGUGAAACCCUGCAACAGCACAAACUUAUCAAGGUUAUCAAGAAGAAGCUGAUUCGCAAGGUCUUGGACAUGAUCAAGAAGCUCGACAAAGAUAACUACGAGAAACUGUGGAAAGAAUACUCAACAAACAUCAAACUUGGAAUUAUGGAAGAUCCUAGCAACCGUUCUCGUUUGGCCAAACUUCUUCGUUUCCAAUCGUCGAAGGGCAAGGGCAUCACUAGUCUCAGUGAAUACGUUGAGCGCAUGAAGCCAAACCAAGAACACAUCUAUUUCAUCGCUGGAUCCACUCGCUCUGAGGUAGAAAGCUCACCAUUCGUUGAACGUCUCCUUGCCAGAGGUUAUGAAGUUCUGUACCUCGUUGAAGCCGUCGAUGAAUAUUGCAUUUCCGCCCUGCCAGAGUUUGAUGGCAAGAAAUUCCAAAACGUCGCCAAGGAGGGAUUCAAACUGUCUGAAUCCGAGAAGAGCAAGGGCAAAUUCGAAGAGCUCAAGUCGACCUUUGAACCUCUUGUCAAAUGGUUGAACGAAGAAGCCUUAAAAGACAAAAUUCUUAAGGCCCAAGUCUCUGAACGUUUGAGCAACUCACCAUGUGCGCUGGUCGCCGGUAUGUUUGGUUGGACUGGAAACAUGGAGCGUUUGGCCAUGUCAAAUGCCCACCAGAAAUCUGAUGAUCCUCAGAGGUCUUACUACCUUAACCAAAAGAAAACACUCGAAAUCAAUCCACGCCAUCCAUUGAUCCGUGAGCUGUUGCGUCGCGUUGAGGCCGACGAAGCUGAUGAGACCGCCAAGGAAAUGGCAACAAUGAUGUUCCGUACAGCCACUCUGCGUUCAGGUUUCAUGCUGCAAGAAACAGCUGAUUUUGCCGACAGUGUAGAGCGUAUGAUGCGACAGACCUUGGGAGUUCCAUUAGACGAGCAGCCUGAAAUCGACGAGGAAGAGGAUAACUUGGACUUGGAUUCCAGCGAAUCGGACAAGUCAGAAGAAGCUGCAGAGGAAGCCGAUGGUGAAGCCGAAGAAGAUGACCAGCAACAUGAUGAGCUGUAAAAAGCACUCCACAAGAUGAUGUAAAUCAACAGACUGAAUUUAUUAUUAACUUUUUUGUAUUAACGUACACAUCAAAAGUUUCAAUUUGUAUUUUCAUUCGUUUGUGUUUGCUCACAAGAUACAAAUAAGGCGCUUCAUUAUUCUUUUUUGAAUUCCUACUUAGCUACUUUAAGGAACAAACCAAUUAUUCUUUUGAUAGUGGACACAAAUUGUAACUUAGUUUAUUAAACAAAAAAAAGAAAAACAAUUUAUUUAAGAAACACUCCAACAUUACGUCGAAUAAAAAAUUUUAAAAGAACAAUAAAA